AUGUCUUCCUUAUCUCUCUGUGCCAACCUCUCCUCUUUACCAAUUUCCCUCACCAUUCGUUCUUCUUCAUCCAAAGAUACAGAUACUUCUUUGAAAAAGGACUGGAGGAAGAAGUCCAAACCUAUCCCUCCAGGUGGCACCUACCCAGCAAAGGAUCAUUGCAGUCGUUGUGGGCUGUGUGAUACAUAUUACAUUGCCCAUGUCAAGAAUGCAUGUGCUUUCUUGGGAGAUGGAAUGUCUAGGAUUGAAAGACUGGAACCUGUUGUUCAUGGUAGAGGAAGGAAAACUGAUAACUUGGAUGAGACCUACUUAGGGGUAUAUGAGGAACUUUUAUAUGCUCGGAAACUUCUCCCUGUUGAAGGAGCUCAAUGGACUGGUAUAGUAACAACCAUUGCUAUAGAAAUGCUUAAAUCAGGCAUGGUGGAGGCUGUCAUUUGUGUACAAAGUGAUCCCAAUGACAGAUUUGCUCCAAGACCUGUUUUAGCAAGGACACCUGAAGAAGUGUUGGCUGCUAAAGGUGUCAAGCCAACAUUGUCACCUAACCUCAAUACUCUAGCUCUUGUUGAGGCUGCUGGUCUCAAGCGUCUUCUUUUCUGUGGUGUAGGUUGCCAGGUGCAAGCAUUAAGAUCUGUGGAGCAUCACUUGAAUUUGGAUAAGCUCUAUGUUUUAGGCACAAAUUGUGUGGACAAUGGUACCAGGGAAGGGCUGGAUAAGUUUCUAAAAGCUGCGAGUGAAUCACCAGAAACUGUUCUACAUUAUGAGUUUAUGCAAGAUUACAAGGUUCACUUGAAGCAUUUGGAUGGUCAUAUAGAAGAGGUUCCUUAUUUCUGUCUGCCAGCAAAUGAUUUGGUUGAUGUCAUCGCCCCAUCUUGUUACAGCUGUUUUGACUAUACAAAUGCUUUAGCUGACAUGGUGGUUGGAUAUAUGGGCGUGCCAAAAUAUUCUGGAGUCAGCAUGCCACAACAUCCACAGUAUGUUACAGUCAGGAAUGAACGGGGAAGAGAGAUGUUGAGUCUGGUGGAGAACUUACUAGAGAUUACUCCAACAAUUAGUGCUGGGAAUAGGCGACCAUUUGUGAUGGAGACUGUUAAGGCUGAUGAUGAAGCUAAGUUAGGAAGAGGUCCUUCUCAACCUGCCCCAAAAUUUAUUGGAAAUCUGCUGGCUUUUAUACUAAACUUGAUCGGUCCAAAGGGUCUUGAAUUUGCACGUUAUUCACUGGAUUAUCAUACCAUUCGCAACUAUCUUCACGUGAAUCGUUUGUGGGGAAAGGAAAGGGCUGAUAGGCACAUGCCUACAUAUGCUAAGAAAAUUGUGGAAAUGUACAACCAAAAUGGUCAAAUUGAGAAGAUGCUUUCUGACAAGUGA